ACGUUUUGCAGCGGCCUUUUGAGUUUUAAAGAUGGGAGACGACCUGGGAGAUGAGUGGUGGAAACAUACUGGUAGCUCAGAUGUGUCAGAUGAGGGAGAGGAGGAGAAGCCUGAUGAAGAAGACAAACCUAAAAAGAAGGUUUCCGAAGAGCAAACAUCGAAGAAGAGGAAGAGCCAGGCUGUGAAGUCAGGCAAGGCUAAGAAGAAGAAGGAGUGCUUUGUUGCUCAGGAGAAAGAAGACGCCGUCAAAGACGAGGCUUCUGAAAAGCCAAAGAGGAGAAGAAAGAAGACUAUCACGGAUGUCUUGGCUGCGUCUGAGCCCAAACCUGGGUGUGCCGCGGAUGUGCAAACACUCUUUUUGCAGCACUACUCAGGCACGCAUUCUGUCAUUGAGAGGGAGGAGCUGCAACUGCCAGAUUCCUGCUUCCUGCCCUGUAAUGACCUUACACACACCCUGUCUUCCUACCUGAAGGAGAUUUGCCCCAAAUGGGCAAAGAUCCAGAAAAGUCACACCGUGAAGAAGUCGGUUGUCAUACUGAUUGUCUGUAGUUCCGCCCUCCGCACAAUUGACCUUAUCAAGCAGCUGACCACUUUUAAGGGAGAAGCAAAAGUCCUAAAACUAUUUGCAAAGCACAUAAAGGUGGAGGAGCACGUGAAGCUGCUGGAGAAAGGAGUAAUGCAUAUUGGUGUGGGGACACCAGGCAGGAUCAAAGCCCUCCUUGAAAAAGACGGCCUGACCCUGCAGGCCUUGAGGUACCUGGUGCUGGACUGGAACUGGAGAGACCAGAAACUUCGGAGGAUGGUUGACAUCCCAGAGCUCAAAGGAGACAUGAUGAAACUGCUGGAAAUGGGCAUUAUUAAAGGCUGCAGGGAUGGAACAGUCAAGCUGGGUCUCUUCUAAACAACAAACUGCUUUUAUUUCUGACAUAUGUUUUGUUUUGUGAGUUGCAAAGGUUAAGCAGCAAAUGUUUUUUGUAAAUGUUACAUAUUUCUGAUGUUAACAGCAAACUGUAACCAACAGCAAAUGCAAAUACCAAUAAACCUAAAAUUAACAACUAGAGUUUAUGUG